CUCAAGGAACAUUUGGAAUAUGGCGUCACAAGUCGUUGUAGAAAGUGAGGGUUCUAGAUCAACUGCGAUGGAAGGCGAAACUAGUGCAAGCAAGAGUUCUGUCUUAGAUGAAAACAAUGAAUUAGAGGCUGGUCCUUCAUCAUCGUCUUCCUCCACAUCAGCCGAUGAUAAACGAGCGGAAAGAAUGAAGAGAUUGAGAGAGCUUCAUCUAAGAAGGAAUGAAGCACGUAAGUUAAAUCAUCAAGAAGUGGCAGAAGAAGAUAGGAGAAAGAAGCUACCUAAAAACUGGGAAGCUGUGCAGCGAAGAGUAGAAUGGGAAAACAAAGAAGAAGAGGCUAAAAAGGAAGCUGAUUCACGGGGAGAAGAUUAUGACAGAGUAAAGUUGCUUGAGAUAUCUGCAGAGGAUGCUGAUAGAUUUGAGAGAAAGAGGAAAAAGAAGAACCCUGAUCAAGGUUUUUCAGAUUUUGCUGCAGCUCAAUACAGACAGUACCAACGCCUCACCAAGCAAAUGAAACCUUCAAAUGAAGAUUACAAGAAAGAGGUUGAGCAAAAAGGGGAAGCCAUGUUUCCCACUGUAGAUGAUGUCAGCUAUGGAGGGCAAGGAAAAGUUCCAAAGGCUGCUGUAGACAGAAUGGUUGCAGACUUAGAAAAACAGAUUGACAAACGAGAAAAGUACAGCCGAAGAAGAGCUCACCUGGAUGAAGAAGAUAUAGAUUACAUCAAUGAACGCAAUAUGAAAUUCAACAAGAAACUGGCAAGAUUCUAUGACCCAUUCACUGCUGAAAUCAAACAGAACCUAGAAAGAGGCACUGCAAUUUAGGCAGUUAAUUACUAAAUUCAUUAUCUUCUUUGAGAACUAAAUUUCAGAAAAAUGUAUGCAGCAGCUAGAAAGGAGAUCUGAAAAUCAGAUAUCAGUAGUAGAGGGUUGGUAGUUCAAGUGAUGUUUCAAUUCAGAGUGCAUGUGUUGUUUCAAUAUUUGGCUUUCAGUCACUCUUGAGAUAGUAGGAAUCUUAUAAAAAAAGUGACUUCCCAUUUAUUUUGUAGAAAAGUAGUGCUGGCAGUUGUACAGUGGACAUGGAAAUUAGGCAGGGGUCAAAACGUCAUUUUUUGUGAGAUUUUUAAAAGAUGUUUGGGUCAGCUGCAUGUGCAGGUUAUAACAGAAUUGUGGUGUCAUUUAUUUUUGAGGUUAGUGUACUUCAAGUUAAUGUUGCAUGAUUUAUGUUGUUGAUUAUUAAUUUACCAUUUAAGUGUACAUGAUUUUUUUUAUCAAACUUUCCCGCAUACUGAAGUCCAUGUACUUCACCUUUAUGUUGCAUGAUUCACGUUUUUGGUUAUGUAAUUUACUGCUUAAGUAUGAGUGAUUUUUAUCAAACACUCCUUAUACUAUGGUAUUAAAGUUUGAAAACGUGGGUGAAAACUGGAUUCAGGCUUGCACGUCCAUAUCCUUGGAUAUUUCCCACUGAAUGCACAACAAUCUCUUGUUUAAGGUCACCUUUAAUCACAUAGUAUUUCAACGUAAUAAUACGACAGAUGACAAAUCCUGUGUCAAGUGAACACCCGUGGACCUUAGUAUAAGGUUUCCUCCUAGAAUAGAGUUUGGACUAUUAUGUUGAUGAGAUAAAUAUUAAUAGGUGAAAGAGAUUUCUUGAAUGAAUGGAGUAUAACCUUAAACUGUAAUCUAUAAAAAAUAAAGCUUGAAUCUCUUAAUUAAAGAAAGGGCUUAAGUUCAGAGCACUUUGAUGGUUUUCUACUAAAAACAAGUCUGUGUUUUAAUAAAUAAUAGACUGUUACAGGACUUGAGUUGUUGUCUGCUUGAUACAAGGUGUGCACUUGAUAGAGUCUGCAGUGCAGGUUUCACUGUAUUACUUUCUCAACAAACUUGCAAGGACUUUAAUCUAUGGUCAACUCAAGUCCAUCUUGUGGAUACUUAGAUAAACAUGUAACUUACACCUUUGAGGUCAGAGAUGAAAUGAGAUAUUCAAAAAGAAAACUUUUAAUUCGCAUCGAACAAGCUGAUCUUUAAAACAGAAGAUUAAUGAUGAAUUGAAGUUCAAAGUAAAAGGUUAGACCUUGACAACAGUUAAAUACUGUUGGUUUUCCUUGUUUUCCUGAAAGUUUUAGGGGGGCCGCAGGUUUUUAUGAUUGCUCCUCAGUUAAGUCCAACAUCUUUAUAUCAUUCCAUUUUCAUGCUAAGUAUGGCGUUAAUUUGUGCAUAAUUUACAUCACUGACUGAGAUAUGCAAUGACGCACACUCACCUAUGCAAUCAAGUGAUUAAACUAGUGAUCUGUAAAAUCAGAACAAGUUAUCAAAUCAUGUGACUCGCUUUAGCAUGUAAUAAAAAUGAAGAGUGGGAGUUGUGUUAGAUCUUUUGACACCUAAAGAGGCAAAAAACACACAUCCUACUAGUGCAUGCCAAUCACUAAUUAUGUAAGAUGUCUGUGUGCCAUCUGCUGAUUUUCC